GAACAAACCCAUGUUUUUCUCUUAUCCAUUCCUAGUGAAGAAGACGUGAAUUCUCUCGCAACACCAGCCAUGGGUUCCCUGGAAACGCCGACGAUUGCAGAGCAGAACGGCUCUGCUACCCCAGCCGCCAGGGCUACGGUUGACACGGACCAAAAUCCUGUCUUCGCUGGCGCCGGAGUUCCUGCAGAAAUGGAACUGGAACCUGAGGCGUUGAAGAAGAGGAGGAAUAGUGUGCUCCCUCUGGACGUCGGUACUCGCGUAAUGUGCCGGUGGAGAGACGGCAAGUAUCACCCUGUUAAGGUCAUUGAACGGCGUAAAAUGCAGUACGGUGGGAACAACGACUACGAGUACUACGUCCAUUACACUGAAUUCAAUAGGAGGCUUGAUGAAUGGGUAAAGCUUGAACAACUUGAUCUUGAUUCAGUUGAAGCUGUUGUUGAUGAAAAGGUGGAAGACAAGGUAACGAGCUUAAAAAUGACGCGCCACCAGAAACGGAAGAUUGAUGAGACGCAUGUGGAGGGACAUGAGGAGCUUGAUGCUGCUAGCUUGCGUGAACAUGAGGAAUUCACUAAAGUGAAAAAUAUAGCAACUAUAGAGCUUGGAAGAUAUGAAAUUGAGACAUGGUACUUCUCUCCCUUUCCACCAGAGUACAAUGACUCAUUGAAGCUGUACUUUUGUGAGUUUUGCCUCAAUUUCAUGAAGCGCAAAGAGCAGCUUCAAAGACAUAUGAAAAAGUGUGAUCUGAAGCAUCCCCCUGGAGAUGAGAUAUACCGCAGUGGUACACUGUCAAUGUUUGAGAUUGAUGGAAAAAAGAACAAGGUUUACGGGCAGAACCUUUGUUAUUUGGCAAAGUUGUUCCUUGACCACAAGACCCUGUAUUAUGAUGUUGACCUGUUUCUGUUUUAUGUUUUGUGUGAAUGUGAUGAUCGCGGUUGCCACAUGGUUGGGUAUUUUUCCAAGGAAAAACAUUCUGAGGAAUCCUAUAAUUUGGCAUGCAUCCUCACUCUUCCUCCUUAUCAGAGGAAAGGCUAUGGAAAAUUUUUAAUUGCCUUCUGUAAGCUGUCUUUUCUUUGUCAUUUGUACUCUGUUUUGCCUCAUUCUGAAUUUCUGAUUAUGAUAGAUGGAGAUGGUGGUCACCUCUACAUCUCUAGGUUUGGUUUGUUGAGUUUGUGUUCAUAAGCUUUUGGUUUACCAGCGUCAGCAGAAGAUGAACCUCCCUGGCUUUGAGGAAUAUAUAAGAACACUCGUUUUCUCUUAUUAAAUUAGCCUCACAAAUCACAAUCCAGUCACUAAUUUGGUUCUGAGUCCUCUGUAAGUUAACCUAGAUCUUGUCAAGCAUGGUUGUGCUUAGAAUUUAAAAUAUUUAUGAAUUGCAGAUAAAUUACUGUGGGUGCCUUAAUAUAAAAUCCUGACCUUUGUAUGAUUUUAUUUCCUUUGGUAGCCUGGCUUCAUUAAUAGCCAAAACCUACCUCAAUAGAAAAGAUUCUGUCUUUAUCUGGCUAACCAAGUAUUAACCUUGUGAUUUUUUAUCUGGUUGGAUAUUAUUGCUAAUGGAGCAGCAUAUGAACUGUCCAAGAAAGAAGGUAAAGUUGGAACACCAGAAAGACCCCUUUCCGACCUUGGGCUAUUAAGCUACAGAGGAUAUUGGACCAGGGUUCUUUUAGACAUCUUGAAAAAGCAUAAGGCAAAUAUCUCUAUCAAGGAGCUUAGUGACAUGACAGCCAUUAAAGCGGAGGAUAUUCUAACUACUUUGCAAAGCCUGGAAUUGAUUCAAUACAGAAAAGGGCAACAUGUCAUCUGUGCAGAUCCUAAGGUCUUGGAUCGGCAUCUAAAAGCUGCUGGCCGUGGUGGUCUAGAGGUUGAUGUCAGCAAAUUGAUUUGGACUCCCUACAAAGAACAAGGCUGAUGCAUCCUG